AUGACCGGCUACAGAGCUUCCAACUUCUUGGCUGAUGAGAUCGACCGUCAGCAAGAAGCAUUUGAAAGAAGGCAGAAGAGGAAGUUGGAAAGGAAGCAAGAAGAAGAGAAAAAGAGGCAAAAGUUGAUGGUUGAGCAGGCGAUCAAUGAUAAUAAAGAAAACGCCGAGCCGGCCAGCACGAGUACUGUUAUGCUAGAAGGUAUGUUGAGACAAUUGGGGCCCAUAAUAUAAUAUGCAUACAAUCAUAAAACAAAUUAAAUAAUUUCUUGUGAUAUAUAUUACAAUUUAACAGAGUAGUAUUACAAUAUAAUAAGAAUAAUAACAAUUUAAUAAAAAUGCAAAAUUACGUUUUAUAUUUCAGAAGUAAGGCAGAUUGAAUUGCCAAGCAGGCUAGAAAAGCCAAGCGUCUCAGUGUUGCGUAGCUUGCUGCGCGGUCGACGAUCGAUUAAUGGAGCAGUGGCAAGAAAGUUCAUGGCCGGUAACUAA